AAGCUUUGCAGCGGAGUCUAUCAGAGGUCAGAGUGAAAGUGCUGAGGUUCUGUCACAGUGGUUUCAGUUGAGAGCAGAGCCGCGGGAAUCACCACUUCCUAAUACUGUCUCCAGAUACAACACAACUAUAAGUCAGGUGCCCGUGAGACAAACAUCACAUCAAGGAGGAACUGUUCAACUGUGGAUUGCGAAGCUCACCAACCAGACAUGAUGACACGUCCAUUGAUGCCGUCCGAUAACAGCUUGUCCUUCAGGGACAUUAUUCUCCUUCAUGCUGUCGUCUUCAUUGUUGUGCUGCAGUCACAUGGAGUUUAUUCAGAUCUAGUUUGUUCCCGUGGACCAAUCGCAGCCCUGGUUGGUGAUGAUGUCAUUCUACCGUGUCGUCUUGAACCUUCCAUCAGAGCUGAUUCUAUGACAGUGGUGUGGACCAAACCUGGUCUGGACCCAAAGUACGUCCAUGUCCAUGAAGAUGGACGACUGGUCUACCAGAGUCAACAUCCAUCUUAUUAUUACCGCACACGACUGUUUGUAGAUGAACUGAAGAAUGGAAACGUCUCCAUGAAAAUAAUGAAGGUGAAAGUGUCUGAUGGAGGAGAAUACAAGUGUUUGAUUCCAUCCAUAAAGAAGGAAGAUUACAUCCAACUCAUUGUUGGUUCAGUCUCUACACCCAUCAUUACGGUCAUUUCCAACAUGAGUGGAAGAGCAACUUUAUCCUGUGAAUCCAGAGGCUGGUAUCCAGAGCCUGAGGUGUUGUGGCUGGACGCUGAGGGAAACCUGCUCUCUGCUGGACCUCCAGAGACAGUCAGAGGUCCUGAUCAUCUCUAUACUGUCAGCAGCAGAGUGACUGUGGACAAGAGACACAACAACAGCUUCACCUGUAGAGUCCAACAGAACAACAUCCACCAGACCAGAGAGGCUCACAUACAUGUUCCAGAUUAUUUCAUCGUGGACUCCACUGAACUAGUGGACUUCUGGUGGCUGAUAUUUAUUGCGGUUUUAGUGGUUCCAUUGUGUAUUUUGUGCUGUUGUCGUGUCCACAGUAAAAAAUGUGUUUGUCCAAAUCACCAGGUUUUGGCUCUGAGUUUGCAGAGCAGCGGUGGCUCCAUGUUUGGCUGCAUUCGGGCACCACAAAAAAAACAAAAAAAAAAAAACACAAUCAUAGGUAAACACACAUAAUGUACAGGGAAAAUAAUCAAAACAUGUAGUGCAGCUGUAAUGUUUGUGGGGAAGAGCUUUUAACGUCAUCCUCAGAUAUUAAACAUAUUAUUUGAAAGUUGGAGGUUAAUGAUAAAUGUAUAUGUUGUAUUAUUUAUUUAAUCUUUUCUGUAUAAAUCAAACACAAUGUAAGUUUAAUAGUGACCCUGGUGACCUACCAGAAUCACACAGACGAUCCCAGGAUGCAAGAAAUUAUCCAUAUAAGAGCUAAUGUAACAGUCUGUAACAGUCAUCUGUUAUCAGCAACAGAUUCAGGCUGAGAAACUAAAGGGACUGAUUCUAAUAAAGGAUUAUAUUGAAGGAGAUUACAUGAACAAAAU